GAGCGCUCCAGACGUCCGCGGAAAACCCCGGGCAGUGGGCUCUCACUCUGCUGCGGUCUCUCUCUCGACUUGCGCCGCAGGACGAAGAUAAAGGACACCGCAGAUUCGCACAUGAAAGAACGGUGCCAAAGUCAGACUCGUUUUUUAGAUCGUCGUUUUGUCGUAGGCUAUCAUUUUUUUUAAUCAUUUUUUUUUCUUUCCAAACCAGUCACUUCGGAUUUUAAGGCAAAUCCCAUUAUUCUCAGUGUGGUUCCAUUUAGAACUUUAGGAGCGUAGUAGAGCAUAUUUAUUAUAUAUUUAAUCAAAAGUUGUUUUGAUAGAUGUGUAUAAUAGUAUAUAUACUAUUAUGCAAACGUUUGAUUUAAUGCGCGGAUAAAUCUAUGCGCACUGAAGGCAGAUGAUACUGUAAAACAAUAUAUUUAAUUGCCUAUUGACAAGAACUCCACGCAACCACAAGAAUGGACACUUUAUUCAAUACGACAGACAAUCCAAGCAACUGGACCAAUGGCACGGAGCCCAACGGCACGGACAUAUAUUGGAACCAGUUCGUGCAACCGGCAUGGAGGAUAGUUCUGUGGGCGAUCGCUUACAGCACCAUUGUUAUAGUGUCCGUGGUAGGCAACGUCGUGGUGAUCUGGAUCAUAGUAGCGCACAAGCGGAUGAGAACUGUGACCAACUAUUUUCUGGUAAAUUUAGCCUUCGCAGAGGCAUCUAUGUCUGCCUUCAACACGGUUAUCAAUUUCGCCUAUGGAGUGCACAACGAGUGGUACUUCGGUCUGGUAUACUGUCGGUUCCACAACUUCUUCCCGAUAGCGGCAGUCUUUGCAAGCAUCUACUCAAUGACAGCUAUAGCGCUGGACAGGUACAUGGCCAUCAUCCACCCCCUGCAGCAGCGCAUGUCGUCCACGGAGACCAAGGUGGUGGUGGGGGUGAUCUGGGUGCUGGCGCUGUGCCUGGCCUUUCCGCAGUACUACUACUCCAACACCGCCCAGCUGCCCGGCCGCGUGGUGUGCUACAUCAACUGGCCCGAGUACACCAUCUGGAACUUCAAAAAGAUGUACUACGUGUGUGUGACCAUCCUCAUCUACUUCCUGCCCCUGCUGGUGAUGGGCUGCGCUUACCUGGUCGUCGGCCUCACCCUGUGGGCGAGCGAGAUCCCCGGGGACUCCUCCGACCGCUACCGGGAGCAGCUCACCGCCAAGCGCAAGGUAGUGAAGAUGAUGAUAGUGGUGGUGUGCACCUUCGCUACCUGCUGGCUGCCGUACCACGUGUACUUCCUGCUGUACGAGUUCUUCCCUCACCUGUUCGAGGAGCCCUUCAUCCAGCAGGUGUACCUGGCCGUCAUGUGGUUGGCCAUGAGCUCCACGAUGUACAACCCAAUCAUCUACUGCUGCCUCAAUGACAGAUUUCGGGCGGGGUUCAAGCAGGCCUUCCACUGGUGCCCCUGCAUCCCGGACGGCUCGUACGAGGGCCUGGAGCUCAAGUCCACCCGGUACCUGCAGACGCAGACCAGCGUGUACAAGGCCAGCCGCAUGGAGACCACCGUGUCCACCGUGCUCCACCACGGGGCGGAGGAGGAGGCGGAGGGGGCGGCCAGGGGGGCGCUCCCCACCCGCCGGCUGUCCCUGGACCUCACCUCCAACGGCUCGUCGUCCCGCAGCGUCUCCAAGACCGUGUCCGAGGCCUCCAGCUUCUACUCCGGCAACAACCUGGCCUGAGGCCCUCCGCCCUCCCCUCCUCGGCCCUGAGAGCCUGCCCGGCCUGGCCCGGCCCGGGACAGUGGACCUGCAUCCGGACCUGCAGCAGGCUCCUUGGGCCUCCUCCACUCACAGGCCAAAAAACAACCCAUCCCCAAAAACGAUAUCUGAACCAGGGCACCAGCCACCAGACCCUGGCCAUUCGGAGGGAGGGUGUUACUCUCCAGCUGCGAAAUCGAGCCGCCCCCCCCUGCCCCCUCUGGCACCCACUGGCCUGGUGGGGGGGGUCCACACAUCCUGUAUAAAGUUUACCCCCAAAGCCAUCCCGCUGAGCUGAGCCCAUUUCCGCCCUCAUGCUAGAAUUACACAGCGUGUUGUGGGGAGUCGACGCCCGGGGCUGUCGAUGGUCUUGCCAGAUUUUUGACUUCAAAGUCGACCCAAAGAUAAGGAGAACAACAAACACUGAAUUAUUUGGUGCUGGCCUUGGUGAGCGGGUGCCCAGGCCACUGGGAAAGUACAAUAACUGCAAGCCAGUGCACCAUGCUGUAAAAUCAGCUAUGCCAGCUUGGUCAACCAGCUACCAGCUGUUUCAAAAUAUAGCUCCAGUUGGUCAAACCAUGUCUAGCUGACAGCUGGUCUGAACUGGUCAACCAGCAACUGGCUGUUUCAAAACCUAGCUUGAGCUUUUUUUUCCUUUUUUUUUUCAGCAAGGCAGUCACCCAUUCACUCACAUAUCGCUAGUUUUAAUGUGCUGUGUUACGCAGUGGCUAGUUCAUUCUGUUGCUUUCCAAAACCUGUGCGUAUGUAUGUGCACACACAUACCGUGUUCUGUCUGUCUAUUUGCGUGUGUGUGUGUGUGUGUGUGUGAGUGUGUGUGUGUGUGUGUGUGUGUGUGUGUGUGAGUG